CUGCACUUAUCUGGGUGCCUUUUGGUUCAUGUACUUACCCUGCACUACAAAGCUAAUGUACUGGAAGAAGACUCAAUGGACCAGGACAUAGAGAGCCCUGUCACUAUUCACCAGCCAAAGUUGCCCAAACAAGCUAGAGAGGAUCUGCCAAAAAAUAUAAACAAAGAAUGUACCAAGAGAAAAAUCCAGCGGUAUGUCAGGAAAGAUGGGAAAUGUAACGUCCACCAUGGAAAUGUGAGAGAGACUUACCGUUAUCUGACUGAUAUCUUCACUACCUUAGUCGAUCUCAAAUGGAGGUUCAACCUGUUUAUUUUCGUCAUGGUUUAUACUGUGACAUGGCUUUUCUUUGGAAUGAUCUGGUGGCUAAUUGCUUACAUCCGAGGAGAUAUGGAACAUAUAGGGGACACUUCAUGGACCCCAUGUGUCAGUAACCUCAACGGGUUUGUCUCAGCUUUUUUAUUCUCAAUCGAGACAGAAACCACCAUUGGCUAUGGCUAUCGGGUCAUCACAGACCAAUGUCCUGAGGGAAUUAUUCUGCUACUAGUUCAGUCUGUUUUAGGUUCUAUUGUCAAUGCUUUUAUGGUUGGUUGCAUGUUUGUAAAAAUAUCUCAACCCAAGAAGAGAGCAGAAACCUUGGUUUUUUCUACCAACGCUGUCAUUUCCAUGCGGGAUGGGAAACUAUGUCUGAUGUUCCGCGUAGGAGACCUUAGGAAUUCACACAUUGUGGAGGCAUCAAUACGGGCAAAACUGAUCAAAUCUAAACAGACCAAGGAGGGGGAAUUUAUACCACUCAACCAGACAGAUAUCAACGUAGGUUAUUACACUGGGGAUGAUCGUCUCUUUUUGGUCUCACCGCUGAUCAUCAGUCAUGAAAUUAACCAGCAGAGUCCUUUCUGGGAGAUUUCCAAAGCCCAGCUGCCCAAAGAGGAACUAGAAAUUGUUGUAAUCCUAGAAGGAAUGGUGGAGGCAACAGGGAUGACAUGCCAGGCUCGAAGUUCUUAUGUUACCAGUGAAAUCCUCUGGGGUUAUCGUUUUACACCUGUUCUCACACUGGAGGAUGGAUUUUAUGAAGUUGACUACAACAGCUUUCAUGAAACGUAUGAGACCAAUACACCAGUUUACAGUGCCAAAGAACUAGCAGAGAUGGCCAGCCGAGCAGAACUGCCCCUGACUUGGUCUGUGUCCAGCCAACUAGACCAGCAUGCAGAACUCGAAACUGAAGAGGAGGAAAAGAACCAAGACGACCAAACUGAAAGAAAUGGUGAUGUGGCAAACUUAGAGAAUGAAUCCAAAGUUUAA